GUUUUGAAUUUCCCAGAGCAGACCUCAAGUGGCGCACAUAUCAGGAAGGCUACUCACUCAACCGUUGGGUUGGGUGACUUAAUGUUUUAAUCAGUGGUUGCAAUCUGUCUCAGUGAAUGCACCUAUUAAUACAUAUUUGUGAUUUCAUUUACAUAUUUUUCUUCUUUCUAUGCCCUCUGUUGCAAGCCAGUGUCCCUUGGUGCACGUUUGGCACACUGGGGGGCAUACACUCCAGGUCAUAGCAGGCAUAUAUCCGACUUUGUGAAAUAAUAAUGGAAAUAUAUAUACCGGUAGUCUAGACCUAAAUGAACAACAUAGGAUAUUCUGACCAUAUAGCCUACAAAUAGACAAAUGAGAGCCUUGGUUUGAAAAUACCUAAUUGCAUUUGGUGAGGCUAUAAGAGAGUAAUCAAUCUAAAGCAUUGCAUCUAGUCUUUCCUAAUAAUAUUCUAACAUCAAUAGAUCGUAUUAUUUGCUACUGGUAAAAUAGGGCAUUGAAGUAGCCUAGCCUAUUCAUUAUCCACGAGGUAAAUAGCAAAGCGGUAAAUAGGCCUAACUGAUCAACAAUGUAACCAUUAGCCUGCAGCAAAAUGGGUUAUGGUAAUAUUUGCUCAAGAUGCAAAACAUUUAUUAUAUUCCAUGAGAAGAGGUGGAUUCCUGGCAUGGGGCAUCCUUGUCCAACUUUCAUUUCUCAGUGUGUGAUUCCCCUUUAAGUCACUAGGGAGAGACCUUUCAACAAGGAAAACAGCUGGUUGACUCCGGGUCCAACGGCAGUCAAACAGGCAGGGGCAGCCAGCCGCAGUCAUCCUCAUCAACCGCACGCCGAUCUGCGAAUCACAUCGUCCACGGGAUGGAUAACGACAUCGCCGAACCAGACCCAUCCCGUCAGCGCAAUGGUGUCGUGGAAGGACUUUAUGGAGAAUUCACGGACUCGCUCAACGCAAAGGUCAGAUAUUCUGUGAGUUUGACUGAGAGUGCUCUCACUAUUCAAAAGAUCCCAUCGUCACCUGGACAGGAUGAGUUGGUUUUCCAUUUAGCUGACUGUCUUGGCUGCCGGGCUUAUAAAGUGGAGGACGAAGCGGACGUUGGGGCGUUCUUUACAGCCUAUUUCUACCCGUUCAAGAGGCGAUGGAUAAGCACAGGCAUGGCCCGGCAGAAAGUAGAGCAGUGCUUUCGGGUCGCACUGGUCCAGGACCCUCUCACUAAUCUUCAAGAGGCAGAGAGAUGGGCGCGUGCCAUCAGAGAGGCUUCUAUCCGCCAGAUACCCCGACGACAUGAUGUGAAGUACUAUGAGGUACGGCGGCCCUGCAGGGUCAUGGUUCUGGUGAACCCCCAGAGUGGGCGAGGCCAGGCUCUCCAGCUUUUCUCCGGGCAAAUCGAGCCCAUGCUCACCGAGGCUUCAGUCCCCUACACACUGGUCAUCACUGAGCACCAGAACCAUGCGAGGGACCUGGUGAGAGAGACUGAUCUGUCACAGUGGGAUGCUCUGGUCAUCCUGUCAGGAGACGGGCUGCUGUUCGAGGUGUUGAAUGGUCUUCUGGAGAGAGAGGACUGGGAGGAGGCCAUCCAGACCCCAUUGGGCAUCUUACCAGGGGGCUCGGGCAACGCCCUGGCAGCCUCCGUCCACCACUACACGAAGUCUCCCCCGGCCUGGGGUAAGGAGCUGCUCCUGAGCUGUGGCUUCCUGCUGUGUAAAGGCCUGGUGACUCGGCUGGACCUGGUCUCUGUCCACCUGGCCUCCAGCCAGCGCAUCUUCUCCUUCCUCUCCCUGGCCUGGGGCUUCGUGGCCGACGUCGACAUUGAGAGCGAGAAGUACCGCCUCGUUGGCCCCAUGCGAUUCCUGGUUGGUACGCUGAUGCGCCUGGCCUCCCUCAAGGUAUAUCAGGGUAGGUUGGCAUACCUGCCUGCUCCUCCCUUCACACCCCAGAACUCCUCUCUCUGCUCCUCUCUACCCUGUGGGCCCAACAGCUCCCCCAAUCAGAACUCUCGCCACAACCACAGCACAAACCACAGCACAAACUCCAACCACAACACCGCCCACAACUCCUCCAACAUUGCCAUCACAACCAUGAGGACCAAGCCCCAACCAGUCAACCAGAAGGGGCCUCCUGACUCGCUCCUAGUAGACCUGGAGCAGCCGUUGCCUGAGCAUUGGACAGUAGUGAAUGAGGAAGAAUUUGUACUGGUAUUGGCCAUGUUCCAGUCCCACUUGGCUGAGGACCUGUUUGCCGCCCCUGGGGCCACAGCAGACGACGGCUUCAUCCACCUGUUGUAUGUGCGUGCAGGCAUCUCCAGACUAGCCCUGCUCACACUCUUCAUGACCAUGGAGAAGGGGGGCCACCUGGCUAUUGGCUGCCCACACCUUGUGUAUGAGAGGGUGAAGGCCUUUCGCCUGGAGCCUCUGUCCCCCGAGGGAGCGAUCACUGUGGACGGGGAGAUGGUGGAGUACGGGCCAGUACAGGCCCAGGUUCAUGAAGGAAUUGCCAGGCUCAUCUCAGGCUGAGAAUCUACUCAGAGCGUCUGUCCUCCCCACAGCUCUGACUUCUCGCUCCCUUUCUUACUCUGUCUACUGUAUAUACAAAGUUCCAAAGACAUUAUAUCAGCCUUUGGAAAAUCCCCCCCUUUUUUCUAUAGAUACAUUCAGUAUCUAUCUCUGUGUCCUGUUUUUUAGAGAUCCCUCCCUUUCCUCUCCAUGCUUCAUUCAGGGUCAAAGCCAUGGAUGUUCUUGCAGCUGGCUGGUCUCAGCUAAGAGUGUGUGUGUAUGAGAGUGUGUUGUGAGCGGUGAGUUUAGUAGGGAGGGGCCCACGGCUGAGGAGUACCUUGUGUGCUCCGCUGUCUGACUUAAUAAGUGUGACACACGUGAAGAGAAACACAUUUUUCUGUCCCGCGAGGAUGUGGCAGGCAACCAGCUCUACGCCCGCUAUCUAGCCCCGGGGUAAUCAUUCUGUGGAAGAUGAGACACGGGCCUGACAUGAAGGCCUUCCCCCCUCAUGAUAUACUGUUCGAGUCAUGGAUGUAGGUUUUCUAUGGAGAAGCACAACGUUGGAGAAUGCAGCAUUGUAGACCUCCACCAAUGAUAUUAGGUUACUCUUCUCUCUCUCAUCAGUGAAAACCUCCACUUUACCUCUGUGUUUAAUGGAUGGGGUGGAAGGGGUUAGGUGCUAGUGAGGUCGUGUUAAAGCAGCGUGGAGGUUCAGGAACCUGGCCAGCUGAGGUUACCUUCUUAUAUAUCUUGCCUGUCUCCUACCCUGCUGCUGCUGCAGCUCUAGCCAACAUGCUUCUUGCUGCUACUGCAGCUCUAGCCAACAUGCUUCUUGCUGCUGCUGCAGCUCUAGCCAACAUGCUUCUUGCUGCUGCUGCAGCUCUAGCCAACAUGCUUCUUGCUGCUGCUGCAGCUCUAGCCAACAUGCUUCUUGCUGCUGCUGCAGCUCUAGCGAACAUGCUUCUUGCUGCUGCUGCAGCUCUAGCCACCAUGCUUCUUGGACCACCUCCUUCCUGACACACACAAACACACAGGCUUGACUUUCCCUUUCAGAUCUGGAGCACUUAGCAAGGAGGGGGAUGGUCUCAUCUGCUACAUAUGAUCCCUUUCUUCUAGCUGUGUUAAGAUUGUACUCCCUCCUCCUUCACAAGAUUUUGGAGCCAUCAGCACCUAAUGUGUCCUUAUUCUGAAGCUUUAUGGGUGAAUGAAAAAUACUAGCUGAUAGAACUACAAGCAGUUGAAGAAGAUACAGCACCAUUGUCGAUUUUUAUGAACGUUUUUAUUGUAGAUAAAAUAAUAUAAAUAUUUCUGUUGUUUUCUGUCCAAGCACACAUUAAGAAGGGAAACAGGGUUUUGCACUACGCAGCACUGCAUGGGUCAGUGGGUUUUGCACAUUGACUCGAUCAAUAAGAGUUGGAGCGACCAGGCCAGAGUGCUGUGCUCUCUGCUGGGGCCUUUUUCUUGUCAGGGCGGAGAUGAUGAGCUUAGUGCACUGGAGCAGAUGUGAGCAUUAUCAUCAGUUCUACUCGCACCAGUUCAUGCCAAGUCGGGUUCACCCCAGAGAUAUAACAAUUACUGGUUUAACUAAUCCUAGAGCCCUCACUUGGUUUGGUUUGGAUCAAAAUGUCAUAUGGGUGGAAUGGUUUUAAUGUACUGUAUAAUGAAUCUAAAAGGAUGCUUAAAAUGACUCUACUUGAAGGUAUGCUGACUGCAGAUGUAACAUUAACUUCUCGAAUCUGAUUUCAAUCUUCCAUUUCUGUGCCUGUACCUGACUUUGAUAUGCCUUUAGAUAAAUAAAAGUUUAAGUUUUAUUUGUCACAUGCACAAGGACAGUGAAAUGCUUAACUUGAAAGACCUACCCAACAGUGCAGUAUUAUAUAUAUAAAAAAAGUAUAAUUAAUAAGAAAGAAAAACCAAGGGGGGAAAAAACACAAGAAAUAAGAAAGAAGAGAGGAAGCUAUAUACAGCGUCAGUGCCAGUACCAAAUGUACAACGUACAGAGAUACUGGAGUAUUGAGGUAGAUAGGUAAAUGUAGGCAGGGAUUAAGAGAAAGUGACUGGAAGCAGGAUAAAUCACUUAUUAUAAUAAUAUUAAACAUACUGUACGGUACCUUUUACCCCAUACAUACCUAUCUACCUACCUAAUCCUUAGGUGUCAGGCUCUGCUGGUGGUAUUGACAAGGUCAUAGACCAUGGAUACACAAGAAAAAGCACAUAUCCAAAUUGAGAGAUUAGCUAUGCAAAUUCUUUCAAUGUGGCCCGUUCUGGGACACCUCACUGCUCUUUAUGCAGCGUGAGGGGUCCCCCUAGUGGAUUUACCUUAACCAGUCAUUGCAGUGCACGUGGUGGAAGUUCUGAUAAAGUACUUGCACAUUUGUUUCUAUGGUACAACAGUAGUACUGUAUAAAAUCUUAUGAUAGCUCACUUUCAUUCUUUGUAUGUUUGGUUGCAUUGAUUCACUAGCAUACUGGUAUCCAGGUUAUGAAAACAAUUACAAGCCAUUUGAAUUAAACUACAAUCACUUAUCAUAUUUCCAUCUGAUUAUCAAAAACCUCCAUUUGAAUCACCUCAGGUACGGUAGCUCAUGCUAGACUGUGUAUACUGAGUAUCAUCUCUCCUCAACCGAAUAUAAUCUCUCCUCAACCGGACAGACAAGCGGACAUCCAUUGCUGACCCUGGCUGACCCUAGUGACUGUUAUGUAAUAUGUACAAAAAACAACCGGUCUCAACACAUCUGAGUGGAGUAAUUGCAAUUGUGUUGAACUACUGUUAUCUUCUGUGUCCUGUACCCUUGGCUGGUAGGGUGGACUGUGGAGUGACUACAUCAUAGUACUGUUAUCUUCUGUGUCCUGUCCCCUUGGCUAGUAGGGUGGACUGUGGAGUGACUACAUCAUAGUACUGUUAUGUUCUGUGUCCUGUCCCCUUGGCUAGUAGGGUGGACUGUGGAGUGACUACAUCAUAGUACUGUUAUGUUCUGUGUCCUGUCCCCUUGGCUGGUAGGGUGGACUGUGGAGUGACUACAUCAUAGUACUGUUAUCUUCUGUGUCCUGUCCCCUUGGCUGGUAGGGUGGACUGUGGAGUGACUACAUCAUAGUACUGUUAUUAAUAUUCAAAUACUGCUGUAGUCUUCUCAUUGCAUUCAUGUCAUUUUGUAUGUCAUCAUUCCUGUGUAGGAGAGAGAUCUAUAUUUUUCCAGGGUUUCAUUUAGUAAGAACCACAACUAAAUACAUGAAUCAUGCUGUAUCGACUGUCUGAAUGGUAAUAAAAUUCCCAAAUUCUUCAA